UGUAUGUAUGUAAACAAGAAUUUGAUUUAAACAGUUUACGUUGUAACGUAAAUAAUCGUAACUGCAAUCGUUUGAGGUAACGUUGCGGUGCGUAGCGGAGCGGACGUACCAAGCGGAUAUCUCAUCGCGAAGAGACACGCGAGUUGCUGAUUACUACGGACCGUUUUUCCGACGUGAAUAUUCGAGGCGCGAAGUGACGCGCACAUUCUAACCUACGAGCCUUGUCGUUGACGACAACAGACAACAGACGCUAAAAGCGAUCAUGAGCAUCGAGGCAGGAUAGGUAUGUCCGGCUUCGUUCUUCGCGCACGCCAAGCAGCGAGGUGAGCGAAGGGAUUCAUUGAACGGCCGGACCGACGCGCGACUGAAAAUCGCGGUAUGAAAGGCCGCGGGUGCGGAAGAAUGCAUCGUGGACAGCUAGUAUGGAAUACGAUUCGGAAUCCAGCUGCGAGGGCCGUUGUCUGAGAGACUUCGAGAAUUCGGACGAGCCGGCGGCGCGUGAAAAAUGCGACCGACGCGAGAACGCCCCGCGCCACUCGCCACCACCACCGUCGAUCGAGCCGUCGGCGUCGGGGUUCAGGUCGAGCGUCGGCAAGAGGAGUCUCUCCGCCCAGGUGAUGGAAUAUUAUCGCAAGUACUCCCGAGACGCCAAUCUCGAUCAGUAUUUCUCGUUACCCGUGUCGAAUGCUCCGCAGGAGGCGAUUAAAUACUAUUACAGCGUGUACGAGUUGAGCGCCCAGGUAGGCUCGUCCAGCAGGCAGGACUGCGUCGGCGAGGAGUACAAUCUAAAGUCCUAUGUGCCGAGAGAGAGGCGUAGGUGGGUAAGACCCCCGUUGAUCGGGCAGUCCUCGAAUACAGACGCCUCAUCCAGGUAUAUUCAACCGUUGACAGAUAUCCAGACGCCGUCGCCCGAUCUCAAGCGCGUCACGCCUGAAACGAUACACGAGGAGAGGAGUGACAGUCAGGAGAAGUUUCCGGAGGUGAACGAGAGAAAACUGUCCUCGCCGACUUCCAGCGUCGCGUCCUACAAGCCGCUGGAGUGGGACAGCGGCGCGGACGUCGGUUACUUCAACUCCAUCGCUCACAAUAAGCAAAACGACAAGAAGUUGAGCACCAUAGAACGUAUGGCUCUGGCGCGAGGAUGCUCCGCUGCCCUACGCCUAGAUCCGGAGGGCACCACCGAAUCGGGGAUGCAAUCCGGGAAGAACGCGGCGACGCAAGGCGGCUCGAAAGCCGCGUCGACCGCUCCCGACGCGAACUCCACACCGUUGAUCGGAAAUGUCUCCGGAUCGGAAAGCGAGAUAGAGAUAACGCCGAUCGUGAAGAAUCAUUUGCCGGGAAUUAUAACGGGAGAUGACAUAAAGUCGCAGGAGAGAUGCGUCCCGAGCGAGAUCGCGCAACCGAAAGCCGCGGUGAGGCCUACCAGACUCGAGAUACACGACACCCCCACGUCGUCGUUCGUGUUUAAAGUGCCACCGGCGAAAUAUUCGACGGUGGAGAGAAGGAUCGUGAGUAAACGCAGGGAAGUCUCGCGUCCGUCGAGUUCGCCAUUGAAGAAGAGCAUCUCGAUGAACGUCAUACCCCCGUUGUCGUCGAAAUUCUCGUUGAAGAGAAGCCAGAGCGAAGUGAACUUACACGCUAAAGAGAGGAAGACUGUGCUUCCCCUGAUCUUCGACUCCACGUCCUCUAUCGCUACCGUGGUGAAUAAACCCGCCACUUGCGACAAGGUGAUACAAACGAGUCCCGAUGUGUGCGCUCAGGAAUCCGUUGGCGUGCAGGUUUCCGAUCUCGAGGAGAACAAAUCGCCAACAGCGGAGAAGGAUCCUAAUCUACAAACGGCGAUACAUUCUAUUUUGAAAAGGUCUAAAGGUACAUAUAAGGUUAAAAAUCCACGAAAAUCGGACGCUUCGCGUUCGGUGGGCGGCGACGCCGAGGACGGCGCAGACGCGAAGGAGAGCCAGAGACGACCGAACAGCUCGGACAUCUCGCAGAACGCGUCGACCUCGGCGACGCCGCAGCCCGACGAGACGGAGAACGUGUCCGGGAGAGCCAAUAGUUUCGAAUACUUCCCGGGGCAUACCUACGCGAACGUCCCGAACGAGAGGGACAGCCACGUUUCCUCGGACACCGGGAGAUCGAACUCGACGUUACCGAACAGCAGUUCCAGCGUCAACGACAAGCUCUGGGGAGAUUCGGACAGCCUGGUGCGAGAUCUGGAGAGAAGCGUCAACAUCCUGAAGAGUCUCGUCGACGCUAAUAAAUGCGACAAGCAGAUCAAGAAGAGGCUGAUACAGCACGUGAUCAAGCGGCUCGUAACCGCCAAGUACACGGACGACAAAAUUGAGCACAACUUGGAGGAUAACGUUCCCUGGAAUCCGGACGAUGCCAGGAACAAGGUUUACCGAGCCGAGCUGCUUCAGGCCCUGGCGAAUAAGCACAGCACCACCGAGUCCUCGGACGAGUGGAACCUGCGGAAGAAGGACGCGUCCAUGCAGAAGUCCAUGGGAACCGCUAGCGACGUGAUAAAGGAAGUCGCGUUGGAGAGCAGUAACAGCGACAAGUUCGACCGACAUACGGAUAGGACGGAGAUGGACGGUAGGAAGGCGCGACUGGGACUGAGAACGGACGAUUGUCAGCAGACGAGCAACACGCCGACGGAUCCCGACAAGAGCGAGAGCUCCGAAUGCUUCGUGCCCCAGCGCAAUCAUAAGAAUGCUAAGGUAAACGACAUAUUUUGCUUCAAGGAGAACUGCAAGUUGCCGCACAGAGAGUCGACCACGACGAACAGCAUACCUCCGGAUCGCAACAGAAUCUUGUUGGACGCCGUCGUGAAUAACAGAAGAACGCCGGUCGAGUCCAACAAUAACACGGAUAACAACACCGACUGGAGAUUACCGACGACGUCGUCCGAAAGACAAUUUGAAUUGAAGAAGUGCAGCAUGUCCGAAUCCGGCGACUCCAAGCUGGUUAAUUACGCCGAGAUGGAGAAGAGAAAUCAACUGAUUUGGAUUACAAACGAGAUUAGCCAUCUUUGUAACUUGAAAAAAUUGCUCGAACAACCCAGGCGAUUAGAAAGACCGAAAUCUUCGCCGAGAAAAUCCAAAUCGGCGAAUCUCAAAUCGAAGCAAGCAGCGGUACUUACAAGACGGGAACAACACGGAGACGUCAUACACAGGAGCGUGUCCGACCUGCGAGAGGAUUCCGUUAACGAGCCAUGGUCGUCUCACUGCAACUUGGCUGCGUGCGAAGCUGCCGACAAUAUGGUCCAGAGGAUCAUGAAACGUAACAGUUGCACGCAAACGGCCACAGGCGUGGCGAGUGCUUACUCGAAAACCGGCGGAGAGAUCGUAUCUGCCGGCAGAACGCGAAGAUCUGCGAAGCAUGUCGCUGUUGGAGUGCAGACGCUACCUCGGGAAGCCUCUUCGACACCGGUGACUGCGGCGGAGUCGGACGUAUACGACGCGAAAUACGCGAAUCAGCAAAAACCGUGCGCGCAUUAUCAAAAUGGCACCAAGUGCAGAGAUCAAUCGUGCCAAACGCACACCGCCCCGAUUGUGCAGCGCACGUGCGCGCGAUGCAAACAGAGCCCAUCCGAGACAGCCUUGAUCAAAUCGCUAAAGGACCAUCAAGGGGACGUGCCGGCUGUCUCGCAGCAGACGCAGACAAAUUACGCGAGCGACAACAGCGUGACCGAGCCUGCUCAUCGCCGUAUAUCGCAAAGUAACAACGUCCAGCCGAAACAGAAGGAGGCUAAAAAUCAAAUCAACGCGUCCAAAUCCAAAUGCAGUUGUACACGUGGCGUUUGUUCAUCCGGAUCUGACAGCAAGGGCUCCUCGGGCACCGUUAAAGCCAAGCGGACUGAAUAUUACAAACAAUCAUUUACGACAUGUCCGUUGUGUUUUAAACAAAAACCUGCUGUUAGUAAUACCCUCUGUGGGAUGUGUCAAAAGAAUCCCUCCUGCACGCACGAUAACAUCUCGGGGAUCGAACCAACCUGUGGGAAUGCGUGCGAGUGUGACAACCUUCCUGUUAACGACGCGGAUAGAAGGAUUAUUAUUGGGAAAUCUCGACAAAACUACAACGCAGAAAGCCAGAGCAGAAUACGCGCGCUGAACUACGGCGAACAGAGUGACACGGAGAAGAUUUGUGAUUGCGCGAACGAUUGUGCUGCGUGCCAUAAUUCGGGAACCACCGCAGGAACGUUGCGCGAAUGUUGUUCGAACGGUAAAAUCGACAAUAACGGCUCGUGCCGUUUUGAGUGUCACCUAAAGAUAGCGGAGCAUCAACCGCAGACGCGAAUUUACUCUGACAGUUCGCAGGACAGCGACGUGAAUCAACACCUUAAAGUACAAAGUAGCGUAAAAUGCAAUUGUGAUGAGGCUUGCUCCUGUAGUAAUAAUCAAGCGAAAGACAUUGUCAAAGGGAAAGCGCGCAAGAGUUACGCGUCAAAACCAAAUUACGUAGACAAUACUAGUAUUAAUAAGACCGAGAGAAAUUACAAACAUUGCCGGGCGUGUGGUGCCAUGUAUCAGAAUACCAGGAAAUGCGGUUGUCGUCAAACGUAUCCCAAAGCUGUCGCGUAUGAAUUAUCGUUUACAAAAGAGAAUGUCUCGAAGAAUGAGAUCUCGGAUAUCGCGACGCCGAAAGUCCCCAAGCAGCCGUUGAACGCGGCAAAAUCUGAUGCCUGUCCUUGCGAUAUUAUAAAAAAGAAUAAUUCCAACAAAAAUCUUCAUCAAAUGAGUACAUUGCAGGAUUAUUUAUCUAGAAAUAAUCCCGAAUUUGUGGGCAAUGCGGAAACACGCCGGCAGUAUUUGUCGGAAAUAUGCCAGUUGCGAGAAUUGAGGAAAGAAAAGCGAAUACAGUUAUUAGCGAUGGCCAGUAUGUCGAGCGUUAUUAAAUCCGCACCAAUACGAAAGCCAACAGUUUGCAUACAGCGAAAAAUUACCGACGAGGAGAUGAAGGAGAGAUCACGUAAACGAUAUCUCCGGUUGAAUGAAGUGCGAUUCAAACGACGGCAACAAGAACGGCAAGAGGAAGCACGUCGAAAUAAGCUUAUGGCCAAAAUCUUUUGCAAGAGAUUGCAGCAAAAAGUAUUAAGGGGCCAAGGAAAAUAUCUGGGAAAAUUAAAUCCGUAUCACCACCAAGUUUCUGGCGAUGUUUGGGCCGUAGACCAGUACACCUUGCUGCUGACGUCCUUCAAUUACGAUGGCAAUGGAGCCGACACGUUUUUCUGGGCAGGCGCAUCAAAUAGACCGGGCCCGCAAGGAUUUAUCGUCCCCGACGAGUGGGGCAAAACAAACAUAUUGGACCGGUACUUCAACAAGGAUUUUACAUUGACUCUGCCGGAUAAUAAGAAAAUAACGGACAUCAAGUGGUUCGCAGUGUACGAUUUAGCGAGUCAGAACACCUUCGGCGAUGUCUACAUUCCGGAGGAGUUUGACCCACCCGUCCCCCAGAAGAUAUCACAGCUGUCGAAAAGAUCUCACAAUAUUUCGUCGGAACCCAUCGUGAUCCUGGACUCGAAAACUAUCAGAAUCCCGCAAUUUACGUACGACGGGCAAGGUGCUGACACGUACUUCUGGGUCGGCCUUGGCCCGCAACCGUCCAGCAAGGGCCAGAAAGUACCAGAUGAAUACGGAUACAUGGAUUCUCUUAGGUCAUACAAUAAUGAGGAUAUCGUGCUGGAGCUGCCAGGUGAUAAGACAAUCUUCAACAUAGACUGGCUGAGUGUUUACGACAUGAAGACUAAAUCCAAUUACGGUUCUGUCAUUAUACCGGACGGACUCAAUGUGCCGCCGUCAUUGAUAAAAAUUAUCAAGCAAACCCAGUCUCUCCCGAAUUGCGUUCAGCUGCACAAACGAUAUCAGGUCGCCUGGGAGAUCUUUGGUCCGCAGAUCACCAUUCAAUUAACAGGUCAAGUCGCCGAAGACGAAUACAUGGCGUUUGGUUUAUCCGGUUCCGAGACCUCCAGCCGAAUGGAAGGCGCGGAUGUGGCCGUCGCGUAUAUGGACGACACACGAGGAUACGCUACGGACUACAAUAUUACGGCAAAGGCGCCAUGUGGGAAAGUUCUCGGUCAGUACAAAGGAGUCUGCAGAGACGAACUUCUUGGUGGUUUAGACAGCAACCAGCUCUACACCGCGGUGAGAGAGGACGGCAUCAAUACCAUCACGUACAGGCGUACACUUAUUUCAUCCGACGUCGGAGACAAAGAAUUUCCCACGGAUAAACCGGUGUACGUGGUUUGGGCCUUGGGCAGGCUCGAUAAAACUAAUAACGAACCGAGCUUCCACGAUGUGUAUCCGAGAAGCGAUGUGGUGCUUGAGUUGAAUCGUAAGGAGCCGGAGAACACCUGCAUCGAUUUCACGGAGCAUAAUAAGAAAAUAUUUUCGAGAGAACCUUGGCAGAAAACGGAAAUAUUCGACAGAAGUGUUAGAACGUUCAAAGCAACCAUCGGACCCUCCGGAGGAAAACGGGGAUACGAGGGAAUCACAGGUAAACCGUCGGUGGGUCUUGCCUGGUACAUCGAAGGCGCGUUGAUACCCGAGUUAUACCUACGUCGAGGUUUGACGUACAGCUUUCGCGUUCAUGGCGGAAACAAUCCGCACAGCGCGGAACUCUAUCAUCCGUUAAUAAUAACCGACGAGCCUCAUGGGGGAUACGACACGCUCAGCGAUCUCGCGCAAAGCAAGAUCAGGGUGUUGGCUGGCGUUGAACUGACUAGACGAGGUCGACCGCGACCGACCGCAGUUGGGCCGCUUUGCUUAAGCAAGCACAAUGGUCGAGACAGAAGACUGGAUGAUAACUUCCCAUCGUUUAAGAAAUUCAACCGGACCCUCGUGCAAGUCUGCGAGCCAGGAGAAGGCGGCAACUUGGUAAUAAGUCCAAACUCGAGCUGGCCCGACCUGGUCUAUUAUCACUCGUUCACGCACGCAAAUAUGGGAUGGAAGAUUCACGUUGUCGAUUCUUACACACCGAAGAACGAUGCAAUCGCGCAUAAACUAUCAUUAUUCAUUGUAAUCGCGACUGUACUUCUCGGUCUAUUAUAAAAAUUGAGUGCAUAAAUUCAUAGAAAAAUAUUUCUUACCAAAUAUUUUUCAGUUCACAUAAGGAUGCAUUAAGUUAUUUUUAAUGAAUGACUCAUUCUUGCGCUUCAACGUGUACAUAUCGAUGAUACAACAUAAAGACGUUACAUUAUUGUACGGUUUUAUUGAAUUAAGAAAUUAAUACAAUAGUUCCUAUAAUAAACUCUGUAUUUACAGAUUUAAUAACAAGAUCAAUUUUAUAUGUGCAUUUUUUCUCGUUUUCAUCACAGUGAAAGAAACAUUAAUUUGUAAUCAUAAAAACAAGAGCAGUUGGAUAAAAUAAAAGAAUGUUAAACGUC